UAUUGGUCAGCAUCUGGUGAUGCUGAUGGACAAACCCCUCCCAGCUGAAUGCAAACCAGUCUAGGACAUAUUAACCUCAGAAAGUUGUAGAGGGAAAGCAAUAACACCUCACAGUUUCAGCUUCCCCAGUUUGGUUUCUACCUGAUAUCUUCAAAAAAAGGAGAGAGGAGUCCAUUUGCUGUCACCAGAAGAACACAGAAGAUCCACCUACUGGCAAAAAAACAAAACACUGACUUCCAUAGUCUGAAGAAUUCAUCUAUAAAGGACUCAAAUUCUGAGAGUUUGAUUUUUUUCUUGUUUUAAAAAUGAGUCACAUGGGCACAGAGAUCCUUGCGUUCAUCCUCACAGUUUCGGGAUGGAUUCUUAUUUCUUCCACAUUGCCUACUGACUACUGGAAAGUGUCUUCAAUUGAUGGCACAGUCAUCACCACAGCCACAUUCUGGUCCAACCUCUGGAAGACUUGUGUCACCGAUUCCACUGGAGUCUCCAACUGCAAGGAUUUCCCCUCUAUGCUGGCACUGGAUGGUUACAUCCAGGUCUGCAGAGGUCUCAUGAUUGCAUCGGUCUGCCUGGGGUUUUUCGGAGCCAUUCUUGCCUUGGUUGGCAUGAAGUGUACCAAGAUUGGAGGCUCAGAUAAGACCAAAGCGAGAAUCGCUUGCUUGGCAGGCCUGAAUUUCAUUAUUGGUGGCCUUUCAUCUUUAACUGCCUGUUCUCUGUAUGCGCACAGAAUCACAUCAGAGUUUUUUGACCCAGCAUUUAUUGCACAAAAAUAUGAAUUAGGAGCAGCGUUGUUCAUUGGCUGGGCAGGUUCUGUAUUGUCCAUUCUGGGAGGAGUAGUUUUCUGUUUCUCCUUGGCAGAAGAAGGAACACAUGCAAGGACAGGGUACACUUACAGUGGAGCAUCUUUCAUCUCCUCUCGUACUAAAGCUCAGAACAGAGCUGGAGAUCUCAAGUCCUCAAGAGAAAAUGGCUUUUCUGCAAAACAGUUUGGAAAAAACGCCUAUGUCUAACCAUCAGUACAGGAGAGGCUACAUCAAGGUUCCCAAAUCUUUCCUCCCAGUCUCCAGCCCAGACACACACCUUUUUCAAAUCUCAUGUACAGACCUGGACCUUAACUGCGUAAACCACAUUGUUUGUGAAAUCACUGUUUUGAUUUUACAGCACAUAAUAGCUUCUGCACUGAAUAAGUGGCAUUUACAGAGAACUAAUAAAGGGAAAUCCUAUUUAAGUAAUGUGAAACACCAAUCAAAUUUUCUUUUGCAAUGAUCAUUUCCUAUUAACUUUUACUCCAAACUUUGUCAGGUCUUAUGAAACUCAGGGUAGUUCAGUAUUACAUCAUCACAUUUUCUUGGAUUUUUAGCAUGACAAGCUUGCUUCACAGUAUGUAAAAUAUUGAAAACAUUUUUCGUAAUGUUUAAGCACUACUUUAAUAUAUUUAUCUCAAUUAACACUACUUUUCUUGUAUUUUGUUUCAUUCCAGCUACACUUCCCUUACAUCUGCAUUCAUUACUCGUCGUGUUUCUCUUCUCUUUCGUACUCUGCUGUUUUAAAAAUAUAUAAAAAAAUCUUUCUUGGAUAAAGGUGAGAAAUAAACAUGGGGUUAAGCAACACCUUAAGAUACAGUACAAGACAGUUGCUUCAGCAAAUAUUUUGGUAUUUGGAAAUAUAGACCUUAUACAAGUAUAAAUCAAGAAUUCUGUCCCUUUCUCUUCCUGAAAUAUUGCAGCUUAAUUAGUUUUUGUAUUCAUGGUACCACUGUAAAGGAAACAUCUACUGCUUUACAAAAACUACAUUGCAACAUGUCUUCUUCCAUACACAAAAUAAAGAACAAGAUAAAACAUAUAUGCCUUAAUGAGUUUUCCUUACACAUCGUGAUACACCUCUGAGAAAAGUUGUCCUUCACUGCAUGUUCUCUUCAUAAACAUUGCUAUUAAUACUAGACAGUAUGUUACUUAAUUGUUUUAGAUGUUCUUUACUCAGUAUGUGUGAAGUUAAUCAAUCUUUAAAAAUGAGAAAAGAAAGUGAAACAAAUAAAUAUUUGUACUUUUGUGCUUA